CAAAUGUACUUCCGCUUUCGUUUUACAAGUAAUAUUUCAAAAUAUAUCAGAUACGAUAGACUUGAACAUUAAGUGCAUGGUAAGAAGACGUAGACAUGUCUGUCGAAAUAAUAUACAGCAGAACCAAUGAGAAUUUGAAGUCAGAAAAUAUUAACGAAACAUUUUUGAAUAAAUCAGUUAUCCACAAUUUAUCCGACAGUGUUGAAGCAUCAGAAGUCAUUUCUGCUAUCCUUGGUGCCGAUCAUGUUGAUAGUGAAGAGUUAGCUUUGUACAGGCAGUCGACAUUUAUUUUGGAGUGUUCAUGUAAAUACGUCAUUAACAUGGACUCAUUCGCAGCGGGAAGUAGGAUUGAUUGCUCUGCGUCACCUGAAAGUGAUGAAGAUCAAAUGAUACAAAUGAAGGAUAUAGAGAUUAUUUCCAAUGUUGAUGAUGCCACCAUAGCUGGAACUAAGCUAAUUAUUGAUACUUCUAAUUCCCCAUCAGGAUUUACUCUUCUUCGUCCAUACACAUUAUCUGUCAAUGUUAACAGGCAUGAGACAAAGGGGUGCCUACAGUCGUGUGUCGAGUUAGAAAGUGGACCCUAUUUGUCUAGUGAGAGGUAUAUCCAAUAUAACAUGGAGCUUGUCGCUGACAUGGACAAAUAUUCCCCACCGUCAUUUCACGCUGGUGAAUCAAUGCGUCAUGGUCCAUGUGUUAUGUUGAACUACGCAAAACAUGGGAAAGAUUCUGACAUGGCUAUUGGUUUGAAGUGUUCCUCGUGGCCAACAGAAUCUCUAGAAUGGGUCACCAGAAUAAGAAAAUCUAACUGGCCGGAUCAGCAAUUGGUGAACAAGAUCAAACAGAUGCCUUGCCAUGUAUUACCGGUUGGUCACCCCGAGUCGGAAAAAUGUGAUUUGGAAUGGCGGUUCGCUUAUGUUUUGCCAGAGAGAGAAUUAGUUUGGAACUUUAACGAUGUUCAAAUUCAGUGUUAUGUUAUAUUCAAAACUCUGAUUAAAGAGUUGUUAGAUCCAAUUGCUCCCGAGGAAAUAAACUCUUUUCAUUUAAAAACUAUCCUUUUAUGGCUGUCUGAAGAAAUUUACGAUUGGACACCAAAGCGUUUGAUCGAUUACGUGAAGAAGUGCUUAGAUCACUUGUAUAAAGCUAUUGCAGAAGGACACUUGUCGCACUAUUUCUUCAAGUCGCGAAACCUUUUUUCAGGUAAACUACAAAACAAGACAAUGAGAGCACGUCUUCAAUCGGAAAUUUUGCGGUUGAAGAAAAAUGUUAUAUCGCUCUUUUUGCAGUGCAAUUGGCAGUACAAAAGAGGAGGCCAAUAUCUCUCAACCAUUCGUUUAGUCGAACAUAAUUUAUCAGAGAAAGAGGUUUGGACUGUAGGCCGAGCAAUUCUUCAGCAGGGGCAAGAUGAAUUCAAACGCAACAAAUAUUCGCAUGCUAGGUGCCUCAGUAUGGAAGUUGCUUUGUCAAUUAUGUAUCUCCCAGUUACCUAUGAAAACUUAAUAAAAGUGAUGGAAGAAAUUGGAGAACAACUGAAAGAAAAUUUAAUGUCAAUUUAUGCGUUGAAGUUUUUGUCCAUACGCCUUGGAAUGCUUUUACUUGCAGAAGCCAAACAUACAGCGGAUAGAGAAAAGCGUCAGCAUCUUGGUACAGAGGCAAAGGGGUUCUUUGAAAUCGGAUUCGAACACGACAUAUUAGCGUCUUGUAUGUAUUCACUGACAUACUACUAUCAGACAAGAAAUUACAGCACGGUUAAAAAGUUCUUGAAUGAACUAUUUGGUAGAAGAUUGGCCAUUCGAUAUGCAGGAACUCCUGGGUUAAUUGACUGUGGUAAUCGCGCUUUGAUUUCCCCAGAUAUGUAUGAGGGAGUUUCAGAGCAAGACAUUGCAAAUGAGAACGAUAUUGCUUUUGAUGCUGUUUUCAGCUGCUCUGAUAUUAUAUGCGUACCUCCAGCUAUGCAACUAGAAUGUGCACUCUUAGAUGGUAAUUCAAAUUGGUGUUUUUGUUCAAUCCAUCCUCUAGUAUAUGCCUCCUAUAUGCAAUUUCAGGUAGCAUCUAAUUUAGAUGACGUAAACGAAAGGAAUAUGUCUAUAGAUCAUUUGCUUAAAAUGGUAAAAUACAUCGAAGGAGGGGAUGGUGGAGGAUUUGUAGAUUACCAUCGGCAUUACAAUAUUCUGGGAUAUUGCUAUUUCAUUAUCAAUGAUUUCAAAAAUGCCUUGAAAUGGUUCGGCAAAUCGCUGCAAAUCUGUCCGACAAGUGGCAAUGCUGCUGUCUAUCAAUUGUGUAUCAUGAUAUUAAACAUCACAACUCUUAGAUAAUCUUGUGUAUUCAAAUGAAUAAAGUCUUGUAUAUAUCCAUGCAAAUAGAAUAAAGACCGUAAAAAUCACG